AAUCCGAUUUGACAGCUGUGAUAUGCAGUAACGAGGGCAGGACAGUGCAGCAUAUUCUGUCAUCCAAAAUUACAACGGCUCCUAUCAUUACCAUCGUAGCCACGUCACAAUUCUAAAAUAUCACGCUGAUUUAGUCACUCAUAAGUGUAAAUGAUUAUUAUUAUGGUUGGCGACGUUAUAGCCGUUACGUUCCAUAUAUACUCACACGCUAUUACAUUCCAAUAUUCCAUAACUCCGAUUAUUAUUAACACCACCGAAAGCGCCGCAACCGAAUGGAGUUCAAUUCAUCUUUCAGCGGCGAAGAAACCACCCCAACCACGCGCAGCGCCUCCUGCUUCCCUUGCUGCUUCACCUACCACCGCUCCACCGCCGACGACUUACCAUGGUGGGAGCGCGUGCGAAACACUUCCUUAUCCCGUGGAUUCAUGAAGAUCCGCGAGUGGUCCGAGAUCGUAGCGGGACCACGCUGGAAGACGUUUAUUCGCCGGUUCAACCGGAACAAGACUGGAGCUGGAGGUUACCGUCAUGCCGGGAAAUACCAGUACGAUCCUUUGAGCUACGCGUUGAACUUCGAUGAGGGACAUAACGGGGAUUUAGAAGAUGAAUCUCCGGAUGAGUUUCCGAAAUUUUCCGAUCGUUACGCAACGGCUCCACUUUAUAAGCCUGCUUCCACGGAUUCGGAACAGAACGUCGUCGUUUCGAGCAGAGAAUGAAGAAAGAUUGCAACUAUAGAAAUUAGGGUACGAAUUCGAUGAUUACGCAAGGCUUACCCUGAUUGAAAGCAUGACUUCAUUUUUUAAUUUUUUAAUUUUUUAAAUUCAGAAUUGCUUAUAGUUUUAUUUUUUCUCACAUAUGUACAUUUUCAAUAGAGAAUUUUUUGUGUUCGGUUUGGGUUU